AUGCUCGCCUCCAGAAUCCCCGAAAAUCUCGGCAUAGUCAGGACCGCCGCAGAAAUGGAGGAGCGCGGGGUCGUCUCCGGCGGCCGGGAGGUCGAGGACGGGGAUCGAGAAGGAUCGAGAUGCGUGAAAACCGCUGAAAACAUCGGAAUAGUCCUCGGGGCGCGGGGAGAGGGCGGGUCGACCCGAGUUCCGGUAGCCGGCGAAAAAGCCGUCGUAGACGAGCUUAUCAGAAGCGAAGGCAGCAACAUUGGAGGUAGAUGUGAAGCUCCGCUUGAGAUGCUCACAUUUAACACAUCUAUUCAAAUGAAUGGUAUGCAAGAGGCUGUGCAGUGGCGCAGCGCAUUUUCAGAUGAGAGUGGAGAAAAACAUUCAGGAGCCAUAGCCUCUGUCGCCGCCGCUCGACUGCCUGACCAAAUCCUCAAAAGUGGAGCCGAAAGCCACGUCCUCACAAUCCCCAAAAACCUCUGCAUAGUCAAAUUCGCGAAGGAGCUUGUUGGACCCAUCGUCGAGCGGGAGAUCGAGGACAAACAACGAAAAGGGCGGCGAGGCCGCCGCCGCCUGAUAGCCGCCGAAAAUCUCAACAUACUCGUCGAGGCGUGGGGCGAGCGUGGAUGGGGGCAGACUACCCAACUUCUGUUUUGCCCCGAAAACGCCGUCGUACGCUGA